CUGGAAGAAGUUAGGGGAGGUCCUGGCUUUGGCCUUGUCCCAAGAAUAACCACCGCUCAAGUAUGAUCCUAUUUUUAAAGCCUUCUCGUUCCUUAUCCAUUCCGGGUCCUCUCCUCUGACUCUCUCUGUCUGUCUGGCUGUCUCUCUCAGACCAUCACCAAUUUCAGAGAAGGCAUCAUUCAAUUAUCAUAUUGGUGAUCGGUGAUCCUUCUUUAAAAUUGCAGGUCUGGGCACCACUUCUUUUAAGUUCCCAGGAAUUCAGGAAACCACUUAUGACUUUUUAUGAUUCCGCAGUGCAAAAGAAUUAAAGGAGUCGUUGUGAAAAACAAACCAGAAAAUUUCAAAUGAAAAGAGAAACAUUGCGAUAAUCUCUUCCUGUUUCCUUCAUCGGAGUGGGAAGAGAGUGACUAAGCGACCGAGAGAGAGAGAGAAUGGAAUCAAGAGGGAAGGCAGGGAGAGGAGAGACAUGCGAGGAGGAGGAAUCUCCGAGAGGCGUGCUGGAGAUAACGGGGGAAUCAGAUCGGAGCACCGAGAGCAUCGGAUGUAGCACGUGCUCGGCGGAGAAGACGAUGGGGGCGGGGGCGGAAAGGCCGCCGGCGGGAAGGGAGGGGCAAUUGCCGCAGUGGAAGGGAGUGAUGGACGCGUUGAGGAUAAACUCGGUGAAAAGGCUGUCGGCGAUACCGUUGUUCGCGUCGACGUAUAUGAUAUCUCGGAAGAGCCUGAAAAAAUUGGCGCGCAUCAGGAGCGCAGAAGACGCCAUAGAUCUGGUUUCUUUAGCUACCAAAUCUUCUUGGAAGAGCUUCCAUUACUCCGAGCUUGCUGCUGCAACGGACGAUUUCACUCCCGAGAACUUGAUAGGGAAAGGUGGGCAUGCGGAAGUGUACAAAGGACGCUUACCCGAUGGCCAAAUUGUAGCAGUGAAGAAGCUUGUGAAUGAGGAAAAGGAUGACGGAGAUCACACUGGUGAUUUCUUGACGGAGCUCGGAAUCAUCGCCCACAUCAACCAUCCAAAUGCUUGCCAAUUGAUUGGCUUCGGAAUUGACAAGGGCCUCUUCUUCGUCCUUCACUAUGCUGCUCAUGGCAGCCUAUCCUCACUCCUCUUCGGUUCCAAAAAGCUGGAGUGGAAGUUGAGGUUCCAAGUAGCCAUUGGAGUAGCAGAGGGACUGAAAUAUCUUCAUCAUGAAUGCCCUAGGCGAAUUAUUCACAGAGACAUCAAAGCUUCUAACAUAUUGCUCAACGAGAACUUCGAACCCGAGAUUUCAGAUUUUGGAUUGGCAAAGUGGCUCCCAGAAAAGUGGGACCACCAUGUAGUUUUCCCCAUAGAAGGCACAUUUGGGUAUCUAGCUCCAGAGUAUUUUAUGCAUGGAGUUGUGGAUGAGAAGACCGAUGUGUUCGCAUAUGGGGUUUUGUUACUUGAGAUCAUUACAGGUCGUCAGGCUGUUGAUUCUGACAGUAGGCAAAGUCUUGUGAUUUGGGCAAAGGCACUACUGGACGCGAAAAACAUGAAGGAAUUGGCAGACCCUAGAUUGGAGAAUGAUUAUGAUCCUACAGAAAUGGAGUGUGCCAUGGUCACAGCUGCCAUGUGUGUACACCACUCAGCUUCCAAGCGUCCCUUCAUGAAUCGGGUGGUGCAGAUGCUGAAGGGGGAGGAAGGACCUGUGGAAGUGAAGCCACAAAAAUCCAUGGCCCCAAGAUCCCUCAUGUUGGAUGCCUGUGAUCUUGAAGAUUAUACUUGCUCCAAUUAUUUGAAUGAUCUCAAUCGACACAGGCAACUAAUCAUGGAGUGAAACGUCCAAUGUUUCUUCUUGUGUUUAUUAUGCUCGUAGUUUCCCCUCGUAAGGGGAUCGAAGCUGUACAAUUUUUCUUUCUGGUCAAUGCAACGUCGCACAGUGUCUUUUUACCAAGAGUGCAAAAAUAAUUUUGUGAACAACUCUAAGAUGCAGUUGCCGAGUCUGGCAAGUUGAAUUCAAGCAUCUGUUGAGGCGGCAACAAACUGGGGUGACGCUUCAGCUCGAAUAUAUAGCAGUUUUACCACAUACCAAGUCUCCAGAUUUGGGAUGCAUCAGCUCUAAAGAACAUUGUCCACCGUAGAAAGCAGAUGAUCGAAGGACAUGUCCACCUCUUGUAAUACUGUCGUUAAUUUGUUUAAUGUACUAGGCUCAGGCCUCUCCCAGGUAACCCAAAAAGAAGCAGGCAGCAGUAUAUUUAGUUUACUGCAUUGAGGCCUCUCGGGCCGAAACGCAAUGCGUAAAUCGCGUGCAUUUAACAAGCAUUUCUUUCUCUCGUU